UCUUUUGAUAACGAAUUCCCAUCGCUAAGUAAUCGAGCAUUUAAGCUGUUGUCCGUAUUUUCAACCAGUUACUGCGUUAUGCGAAAAAACAUUUUUCUCACUAGCUUUAAUCAAAACGGAGCAAAUAAAUCUGCCGUACGCCGCUCAGAGCUCCGGGUUGCAGAAACUUCUUUGAGGCCUCGUCUGCAAUCCUAUAAUGGAAACGAAACAGCAGCGAAAUCCUCACUUGUGUUUGUACAUGAUUUGGCAUGCACAUGUUUUUUAUGAGAUAUGUUUUGUGCGUGGCUUUCUUACUCAUAAUUGGUGCCCAGCACUGCAUUUCAUUACGCAAAGAUAUGGUAUUAUUUUAUGUUUCACCCAUUUCAAUUUUUGGCCGGCACAUUAUUUGAUAGUUUUUCUUCUUGUGAAAAGUUUUUAAUUGUGCCAUUUUUAUCCAGAAGCAUAUUGAGUGCCCGAUAUUGCAUUGUAUUACGCAAAUAUAUGUUAUUCUUUUCUGCUCCGUUCAUUUCAAUUUUUUGCCCUCCGCGAGUAAAUUUAAUUUAAUUUUACCGGUCCGCGAGGAUAGAAAGGGAACCGCUGCGCUAUGCGACUUAUGAAUUACUUCUGAAUUCUGGAGAUGCGCAGCUUGAUUUGACGUUCAAAAUCGAUUCCUAAGAUAUUUCGUAUCUCUAAUUAUUUAAUAUAUUUUUAACCCGAAGUGAGAAUAUCGAUGUCAAUAAACGAAUAAAAACAAUUCUAAUUUUGCUACCAUGAUGUUAUCGAUUAAUCGAUCGUUAUACUAUUGAAAAGUAUUUCUGAGAUGAAGAUAUCUGAUGUUCGUAUAGAUAGUUUCAUAAAAGUAUAAUAUUGUAUAUAAUUUGAAUUCGAGUAUCGUUUUUCUGACCUCGGCGGCCUCAAUCAAAUGCAAACAAAUGCAGUUAACUAUGCUUCGUACGAGUUCAAUUUUCAUUUUAGCAUUUGCAGACAUGGAUAAAAGAAAGUUAUUGGCUUUAGCAGUAGUAUUAAUAAUAAUUGCUAUUGUUGUAAUAUUGAUUGAGACAUUGACAACUGGUGAUAGUAACGGUGUUGAAACGAGCGAAGUCACAACUAUCACAAACACCACAAAAUCGACUACGAACACGACUAAUCCGCCGCCGCCACCAGUCACAACUACAAAAAGCCUUGAGGAAGUUUGGCAUAACUUUUCAACUGGAUCGUACAAGUUGUUUUUGACAAAUAUUAAUUUUGAAGCAGCAAAGAAAAGUUGCAGGGAUGUAAAUGCAAGAUUGGUAACUGAGGGAAUAAGAAAUGAAGUCACCCGCAAAAACAUUAUAAAGGAAAUGUUAAAUCCCGCUCUUAUUGCAAAUAAACUUGAAGAAGGUCGUGGAGUGUGGAUAGGAUUGAAAGACAUGGCAGAAAUUUCCGCAUGGAAAUGGAUCGACGGUAUUGCAUCGACCAGAGCUAACACUCCUUGGGCACCUCUUACACGAAACAACCUUUUAUUUAUGGAUAGCUGUGGAAUGCUGCGUAGAUAUAGAAUGUUAGAUUGGUAUGUUAAUAAACAGAUUUGUGCAUUUACCAAGGCAUAUGUUUGCGAAAUAGUAAAAAGUAAAUGACAGACGCAAAAGAGUGUCAGAGAAUAUAAUUUUCAUGCUUAUAAUCGUUUCUACAUGUUGUACUGUUCAUUUCAAAUUGUAACUUAAGAACUAACGUUCGAACAAUACAUUCCUUUUUCUCAACAAAGUUCAACAUAACUUUACUUCAUGUCCGGAACGACAUUGUCAAAUGUAUAUUUGUCAUAGGUCUAUAUUUCUAUAAUCAAGUCAUAUGUGUGGUCCAACCAAAUAUUCCAGCCAAACAUUGGUUCAGAUUGUUCAAUGAAAAAAAUGCUUCCUCAAAUUAGGUAAUCUCGGGUAUAUUUGGAACCAAUUACUCACUUAGUUGUGUUUAAUCAUAUCUAUUAGGCGGUGUUUAAAAAAAAUGAUCUCGACUAGAGAAAUGGCAGGGCUAUUUGCCAUGACACUCAGUAACGUCUCGAGUAUUUUAUUAAAGAAUCGUCAAGUUUGUCUUGACCGUGAA